CUAGAGGCGUUAUCAAGCCACAUCAACAUCAUGUAACUCGAUUAUCACAAAAGGGUUAAGGCAAUCUUUUUCCCGCCAACAACACUCAUUUCCGCCUAAACCCACUGCAAUAAACCCCACAGUCAACCACCACGAGCCACCGGUUGAUGCUCUCACUCCGGUCAUGCUGUCACACUCUCUCUCACACCACAACCAGCAUAACCACCACACUCUCUCACUCUAAACUCUCUCUCUCAUCAAUCUCCAAACAAUUUCUCAAAAUCUCAAUCAAACACUCCACCAACAUGUCAUCAUCUCGCCCUUCUGCCUUCGAUGCACUCAUGUCCAACGCACGUGCCGCCGCCGCCAAGAACAAAACGACAUCGUCCUCAUCUUCCCCUAAAAAACGCAAAACCCUAACCCUAGAUUCAAAAUCCCCAAUUAAUUCCACUUCAAUUACCGAAUCUAAACCUUCAGAAACGUUAAACCCGACCCGAAUCGAACCGGAAACACGUGAAUUUAAUGAACCAAAACCGGAUAAACAAAACCCUGAUUCGGUUAAUUCAGAGGAUGAAACAAAGGGGUUGAAGAAACAGAAAGUGAAAGUGAUUAAUGUGGAUGAAUCUGUUGUUGAAUUGAGGAAGAAGCCGGUUAAAUUCGACCCGAAAAAGGCUGCGUAUUGGGUCGGGGGAGAGCGUGUGCCGUUCCUGUUUCUCGUGAGGGUUUUCGAUGAGAUUUCAAAGGAGUCGGGGCGUAUAGUGAUUACCGAGAUUGUUUGUAACAUGUUGAGGACUGUGAUUGAGACGACACCGGAUGAUCUGGUGGCGGUUGUGUACCUUUUAGCGAAUAGGAUUGCGCCGGCUCAUGAGGGGCUGGAGCUCGGGAUUGGGGAUGCGUCGAUUAUUAAAGCGCUUGCGGAAGCGUGUGGUGCAAAAGAAGCGCAUAUUAAGAAGCAGUAUAAGGAGCUUGGAGACUUGGGCCUUGUUGCGAAAGCGAGCCGUUCGUCGCAGCCGUUGAUGCGUAAACCGCAGCCAUUGACGGUGGCAAAAGUUUUCGAUACGUUUAAGGUUAUUGCAAAGGAAUCUGGGAAAGACAGUCAAGAUAAGAAGAAGAAUCACAUAAAGGGACUUCUUGUUGCGGCAACUGAUUGUGAACCUCAAUAUUUGAUCCGUCUACUUCAGACGAAGUUGCGAAUUGGUUUAGCAGAGCAAACCCUUUUGACCGCUCUCGGGCAUGCGAUAGUCUAUACCGAGAAACAUCCAUCAUCACGCACGGAUUCGCCUCUAGAAGAGGCUGCUAAAAUCGUGAAACAAGUGUAUUCGGUAAUUCCUGUAUAUGACAAAAUCGUUCCCGCUUUACUUUCUGGUGGCGUAUGGGAUCUACCCAAAACGUGUUGUUUUUCACCCGGUGUUCCGGUUGGACCUAUGUUAGCUAAGCCUACUAAAGGAGUAUCUGAAAUUUUAGAUAAGUUUCAAAACAUGGAGUUCACGUGUGAAUACAAAUAUGACGGGGAACGGGCCCAGAUUCAUUAUUUGGAGGAUGGUACGGUUCAGAUAUAUAGCAGAAAUGCUGAAAGAAACACAGAAAAGUUUCCUGAUGUUGUUGUUGCUGCUUCAAGGGUUAAGAAACCGAAUGUAACAUCAUAUGUUCUGGACUGUGAACUGGUUGCGUAUGAUCGCAAGAAGCAGAAAAUUCUACCAUUUCAGAUUUUAAGCACUCGUGCUCGCAAAAACGUUGUCAUGAGUGAAAUCAAGGUUGAUGUAUGCAUAUACGCAUUUGAUCUGCUGUAUUUGAAUGGACAACAGCUUUUACAAGAACAACUUAUUACUCGUAGAGAGCGUCUGUAUGAAUCCUUCGAGGAAGAACCUGGGUAUUUCCAGCUUGCAACAGCUAUAACAUCAAACGAUCUGGAAGAAAUACAAACGUUCUUGGAUACUGCUGUUAAUGCCAGUUGUGAGGGAUUGAUUAUCAAAACAUUAACCCGAGAUGCUACAUACGAGCCUGCAAAACGAUCAAAUAACUGGCUCAAGUUGAAAAAAGAUUAUAUGGACAGCAUCGGUGACUCAUUAGAUUUAGUACCCAUUGCCGCCUUUCAUGGCCGAGGAAAACGUGUAGGUGGAUAUGGCGCUUUUCUCCUUGCGUGUUAUGAUAAUAAUAAGGAUGAAUAUCAAACCAUUUGCAAGAUUGGCACUGGAUUUUCAGAAGCCAUGCUUGAAGAACGGUCAACAAGUCUUCGAUCUAAAGUGAUCCCAAAGCCGAAGUCGUAUUAUCGGUAUGCAGAUUCCAUAAAUCCAGAUGUGUGGUUUGAGGCAUCUGAGGUUUGGGAGGUUAAAGCUGCUGACUUGACCAUCAGCCCGGUUUAUUGUGCUGCAAUCGGCGAGGUUGAUCCUAAUAAGGGAAUUUCGCUACGAUUCCCACGUUUACUUCGUGUUCGAGAAGAUAAAGGUCCCGAAGAAGCUUCAUCUUCAGAAAUGGUUGCUGACAUGUAUAAUGCCCAAAAACAUACCCAAAGUAACAAUCAAGAUGAUGAAGAUGAAUGAGAAUGCACGCAGUCAAGAAUAUACCGGAUUCACCACACCAUGGAAUCCGAGGUUUCUGACUGAAGUUUUACCUCGGGUUCUAGGUGAUCAUCUUGUCGUCUUGCUAUUUUAUCCAUUCCGUUCAAGAAAUUGUUCCGGAAAGAAAUAUAAUGUUGUGUAACUUGCACCCGUGUGCGCUAUUUGCAUAAAUUUUCUAGUUAAUCGUCGCUAAAGCGGUUAAUUUAAGUUGGAUUUUGUCAAAUCAAAUCAAGAUUUAGAUUCUA